AUAUGCGGAGAUAGGAGACAGACAUUAAGACGGUCACUUGAGGUUGGACUCUGAGGGGCUUUUGUGGAGCUCGCCGUGGCGCAACCAACGAGACGAGUGGGCGGGAAGGCUUAAGCAGGUGUGAGGCCGCGGCCGCGCGAAGUAAGUGGCUGCUGCACUGCCAGCUGCGUUCCGUCUCUGCUUAGCCUCAUUCAAGCUUGGUAGCCACCGAGCGGAAUUCUACCCCCCUUCCCUCCCCCCCUUCCGCUGCCGCUCCUCUCUCCCAUCUUUCACGCUGAAGCCACAAGAACCGCAGCCCUGCUGAGCCGAGCAACUAUGGCGCGCGGGAGAUCUUCUUUGUAUGUACCAAAAGAAAAAGAAAAAACACCAAGGAAAUAAUCUUCGCAGUGAUGGGGGCAGGAGGGAUGCUCAGGGAGAAGCACAGCUCAGAACUUUGGCGUGAGGGAGAGAGGCUGCAGCUUUAAGGUUCUGUACGUGGAAAGGCAAGUGAAGGAAGAUAAGAGAGAUGGACAGCUACAUUGUUUUGCUAAGCACUGCAGGGCGUGAGCCUUAAAACCGACUGCAAGAGUAGAAGAUGGAGCUGAUCUUUCAUCGAUCUGUGCCCAAAAAGGCGAUGUUUUUUAAAUGCUCCUUGGUGCCUCAGAAGACUAUGAAAUCAUUCUGGAAAGCCUCUUCAAGUCCAGCGGGGGCGCGUAAAGGUGGAGAUGAGCCCGGGAAAUUGCCGGAACAAGAAGAGGAAGAAGAAGAAGAAUCCCAGGUUUUGCACGGAACAGGCCAUUGCAAGUGGUUUAAUGUGCGAAUGGGGUUCGGAUUUAUUUCCAUGAUCAGCCGCGAGGGAAGCCCCUUGGAGACUCCGGUUGAUGUCUUUGUACACCAAAGCAAGCUUUACAUGGAAGGAUUUAGAAGCCUAAAAGAAGGAGAACCAGUGGAAUUUACUUUUAAGAAAUCUUCCAAAGGACUUGAAUCAAUACGGGUAACAGGUCCAGGUGGGAUUCCCUGUUUAGGAAAUGAGAGAAGACCCAAAGGAAAAACAGUACAGAAAAGAAAGCCAAAGGGAGAUAGAUGCUACAAUUGUGGUGGCCUUGAUCAUCAUGCUAAGGAAUGUACUCUACCUCCACAGCCAAAGAAGUGCCAUUACUGUCAGAGUAUCAUGCACAUGGUGGCGAACUGCCCACAUAAAACUGUUCCGCAGCAGCCCACUAGUUAUCAGGGAAGAUACGAAGCAGAUCCCCAGCCCUCCACAUCAACAUUCCUGAGAGAAGGAGGAGGGGCUUAUGGCUACACAUCUUCAUCCUAUUCUCAGGAGGGACGAGCAGAUGUCUUAGAACGUUCAGGUAGAUCACCACAAGAAGCAGCUUCAAGUAAAUUAUCUCCAUCACCUGAAGAACAAAGCCGGAAGGGGCCCUCUGUUCAAAAAAGGAAAAAGACUUAGAGCUUUUCUCACAGCCUUUCAUCUCCUUACCCUCUUGGGAUGUCUACCUCAUUCAAGCACAAGGAGAAUAAUUUCACAAACCCUGCAACCUACUUCAAAUUUUGACUACUGUUGAGAAAUGUGGUCUUUUUAAAAACAGACGCAGACCUAUAUCACUGCAAGCCAAAUUCAUUUGAGCUGAAUUUCUUAUAUUUUAUUAAGCUGGUUGAGACAUCACAAUAAACCAUGGCUUGCUGUGAUGAGAACAAACUGCAGCAAGUGUUGGGAUCAUAUGUUUCUCCCCUCCCAGCCCUCCCUUUCCUUUUCCAACAUAUCUGCAAGGAGUUGGGAAGUUUUUAGUUCUCUUUUUGAUUAACUGCAGCUUGACGUUCCAUCCACACCUGACAAACUGAGGUUGAUCUUAACUAUGGUUUAUUUGAAACAAACCAACUUCAAACGGUUUAUGAAGCUGGCUAGAUUCGAUAAACCAUAGUUAAGAUUAACCACAGAUUUUAUUAUUGUUAUUAUUAUUUAAAAUAUUUUUAGGCUGCUUUUACUGGCAAAUGCUUAUAAAAAGCAGCCUACAAGCACAACAAAAGAUUCAAAAUAGUACAAAAUUUUUAAAGUUUAAAGUUAGACAUAAUGCUGAACUGCAGGUAAUCAAAUAUUUGAUGUGAAAGCUUCACAAGUCUUGCAGUCAUACCAGAAGGGGAGACAGAAAGUGAGGCAUGCAAGCUGCAACUCAUUUCUCUCUUGCUAAACCAUGUCUGAGUGUAUACAUGUCUUGAAUGUAUAUGUGCAACACCCUGUUUCCUUGGAUACAUAAUCCACUGAAGGCAAUAGUCUGAGUAUUUUUUGAAUAUGUAUUCCUGGAUUUUUUUCUUUAAUAUAUAUUUUUAUUAUGGAAGAAAGAGAAGGGGGGAGCAAAUCACAGCCGUUACUUCAUGAAAAUCUGAAAGAAAUGUUACUACUUAAAGCUGCCAUGGUCAUGGUAUUUAAGAUAUUAAGACAUCCCUGUAGGGUUCAGGGUAGAGGUUUUUCUCUCUCCUCCUAUUAUGCAGGACAGCAAUGCUUCUUUUAAACUUCUCACCUUGAAAGGGUAAUGCCUUGGUUUAAAUAUGCUUCAGAAUUGCCACAGUGUUAAAAAAAGUAAAGGCGUUCCCCUCUUGUUCCCUUUCCCCCAAAGACAAUGAAUGCAUCAUUUUCUGUGCUGGUGUCUCAAAUAUUGUAUUAAAUUAAUAUGGUUUAAAUGCAGGUUAGGUGAGUGAGAGGGAGAAUGUAUACAUUUAAAUGAUUGUUUAGAGUGGUAUUGAGAUACCACCUUGAAUCUUUUUUAUUUUGUGCAAACCUUGAGGUGUUAUGAAGGUAGCAGCAGCAAUUAGCAUCUUCUUCUGACUCAGUUUCACUAAAUGGCAUGCUAUAUAGAUGAAUGGAUUCUACAUCUUUUGAAAAGUGAAUAGUGGAAAUAUUUCCUUGUGGAUUUUUAUUCUAUUUUGAGAGAGAAAUUGAAUAGACCACUUGGCCUUUUAAUUUUAGAAAUGUCAAAUUUUAUAUUUACAAUGCAAUGUAAAAGUUUGUGCAUGUUUACUCAGAGGUAAGUUACAUUGAGUUCAAUAGGGUCUACUCCCAGGUAAGUGGGCACAGGAGUGCAGCCUUAAGUUUUUAAUACAAAUUUAAUAAUCAAAAACAUACAACCAUAAAUUAUAAACACUUGCUUAAGGACUUGCCAAACUAACUUGACUUUGGAAAACCCAAUUUAUAGUAAGAUUAGAAAGCCAAUUGACUGCCUAUUAUUUGAUCAUGAACCCAAGAAUGAUUUAGUGUCCAUCAUAAUAAUGUUUCUCCUACUCUGUUGUUGACCAUUAGAUUGUUUGUUUAACCAAUUGUUCUUGGUGUCAGUCAAUACUUUUAAAUGCUCCAUUACCAAUCAGUUGCAUUAAUAAUAAUACACAUAUAGGCUGCUGAAAUAUGGGGAAGGGCUGUAGCUCAGUAGCAGAUCACGCAUGCAAAAGGCCCCAGGUUCAGUCCCCAGCUCCUCCAGACAGGACUAGGAGAGGCUCCCUGUCUGAAAGCCUGGACAGCUGCUGCCAGUCAGUGUAGACCAGUGAUUUCCAAACUUUGGGGGAAGGGGCCAUCAUUCAGUGGUAGAGCAUCUGCCUCGCAUGCCAGAAAGUCCUAGGUUCAGGCCCCGACAUCUUCAGAUAGGGUUGGGAGCGACUCCCUGCCUCAAACCCUGGAGAACCACUGACAGUCAGCGUAGACAAUAUUGAGCUAAUUAUUUUUUUAAGCUGCAUUGUGAUUUGCCUCCUAAACAGUGGCAGCUGCUGUGGAACAUUCCAAGGAAGCCCAGGUUGUGUAUAAACUAAUUUCUGUAGAUUAUGACCUAUUCCCAUUAAAAUGUGCUGCUGAUGAAAAUUUCUCAGAAACGAGUCUCCCUUGAUCCAGUACCCACUUACCUGAGAGUAAGCUCUGUUGAAUUCAAUGGGACAUACUUUUGAAUAGACGUAGGACUGCACUGCAAAGACUUUGACUAGACUCUUGCCCAUUUUAUCUGUUGUGCCACUGACAGCAAUAAAGGAUGUUUUGAUAGGCUUUCAAUCAAGUCUGAUGUAACUCCAUUCGCUGCAUAGGAGUUAUGCAGAGAAAGCAUUUGUUCCAUGUCAGAGAGCUGAAAUCCUGCGUUGCUGCUGCUGCUGCUGCCACCACCUUUUGUUCAUGCAAUGUAUAUGUCUCAGUCACCUCAGUAACAAGCACAAAUCCUAUGUACCUUUGCUUGAAUUCCAUGACAGUGUUUGAGGGGGGAAAUCUCAAUGGUUUAUACUGAAGUUCUUGGUGUGCUACAAUGAAACGUUUGUUUUUUUGACGAUACUGAAUGUGAUAUAUGUAUAGAGUACUUCCUUGCCUUAUGUAAGGAUUGUAAACUUAUUUAAGUUAUGUAGACAAAUCAAAGUGGCAUUGCGUAACCUUCUAGCAGGUAUGAUAACUGGGUUAAACAGCAACAAUGCAAAACUUAGGUCACUUUGAAAAUAAAAAACCAAAGUUUCUUGACCUAUAUAUAUAGUAAGAUGGAAAUAGUGGAUUUGAAAACUGGCCAUUCCCCUGUUUACAUACUUUAAAAUCCUGACAUUAUUGUGAAAUAAAUGAGUUCCAGCAGCCACAGACUGAAUUGCUGAGAGAACCUAUCAAACCUAUCUUGUUAUUAAAAGUUUACGUUUUAUUUUUAUAUAUUGGAGGAUGGUCACUAUUACAAAACAGCCUUCUCAGGACAAAGAACCUUGCUCAGGGAAAUGCCGUGUCAAUCCUUUUUAUUAUUAUUAUUCUAUUUUACAGAUCACUUGCUUUUAUUUGCUUGCUCAAAACAAACCAAAAAUAGACCUUUCAUUCUAUAUACAUGUUGUGCGCUGAUGAUAGUCACUACCUCUGUUUAUAUAUAAAGGAGUUUCUGAUAACUCAAAAUAUCCACCUUUUGCAUUAUGCUUUCCCACAAGAACAGAAGUACAGUGGUAUUCCUGGACUUAAGUGAACAUUUGUGACUUGACAUGCACAAGUGCGGCUGACUUUCAGAGUUGUGGGCAGGGGAGCUCCUCCCCAUUUCUGAUAUUCUAAGCCACAUUGUUUACAUAGGGGAUAAUAAAGUUAUUCUGUUUACAAGCAAACAACUACCUCAUACUUACCACAUAAGCAACACCUGUGUGCUGUUCAGGCCUUAACGGUGGCUGUUGUUUCUAUGGUACAUACCUGUUGUUUUUAAAAUUAUUCUGUACUUAACAGUCCCUUUCUAUGUAACUUGCUUUCACUGCAAAAAUGUUAGGCCAAAAUAUGUACUUAAUUUAAACAUGAUAUGUCCGUUUGAAAUGAUGUGAGAGUCUCUUUAAAGUUUAGAUUUGCUUUUCUGCCUCAAAGAGAAAUAGGUGCUGUUUCAUACACAAACACACCCACAAGCAAGGUAACCAGUUUUCUGGGGAAGAACCGGUAUGUGGGAAUUAACUAAUUAUCCCCAGAUUACAAUAAAAUUACAUAAAUGUUAUUGUUUUUUGUCCCCUAUUACUAAGAUCAAAUUAUCUGCUUGACAUAAAUAUAAGUAGCAUUGUUACAACUUGGGCGUACUCCUAAAUGUAUGGAAUAUUACAUUCCCCUCCCAUUUCAGUUGGUGAAGUAACUUUGCUGCUUCAUUGCUGCUAAUUACAGGACCUGGCUGUGCUACACCAAAAAUAAUAGUUGCUGUAAAGCAACUCUUUAAAAUAUACACUCCUGGCUCUUACUACUUCGACUAUGGGCAAACCCAAGUAAUUGGGUUAACCCACAAUUACUAACUGGUCCAGGUUUCUGGGAUGAAUGCCACAAUGACCUGGAUAGGCAAUUUCGGUCCAAUAGGCCAUGUGUUAUCAGACUGAGAGUAAGCCUUGUGCCUGCAUACUCUUUUCUCUCCACCCCUUGCA